ACAUCGAAAUGAUCGUACAUCACAGAAUCCAAAAAGGCAAAGCUAAGCGAAGGAAACUGUUAACUGGGUUUCUUCCUUUGUUGUCAUUUCUCUCUUUAUCUGCUUAACUCUCCAUUUCAUAAGCCCACCGCAUCUCCUUCGUUGCACUCCAUCCAAAGCUUUUUCCACAUGGCUUCGUCUUUGUCAUCUAAAGAUUUCCAAGAGGGAGUAGAUGAUGGGAGACCUAUUCCUACUGACCAGAACGUUCUGCAAAAGCAUGUUGCAUUCUUUGACAGGAACCAUGAUGGCCUCAUUUAUCCAUGGGAGACUUUUGAAGGUUUUCGAGCGAUUGGGGCUGGUUAUAUGUUGUCAAUUGCCAGUGCUAUCUUAAUCAAUAUGGCUCUCAGUCGCAAAACUCGCCCUGGGAAAUUUUCUUUGCUCUUCCCCAUUGAGGUUAAAAACAUACAAAUGGGAAAACAUGGGAGUGACUCUGGCGUAUACGACAGUGAAGGAAGGUUUGUGCCCUUGAAGUUUGAAGAAAUCUUUAGCAAAUUCGCCCGGACUCAUUCCAAUGCCUUAACAUCUGAUGAACUGAUGGCAAUGCUCAAGGCUAACAGGGAACCAAAGGAUUACAAAGGAUGGAUUGGUAGCUGGGCAGAAUGGAGGACUUUAUACAGUCUAUGCAAGGACCACCAUGGUUUAUUGCGUAAAGAAACAAUUAGAGCUGUUUAUGAUGGAAGCCUCUUUGAACAUAUGGAGAGGGAAAAAGCAGCUGCCAAAAAGAAAGCCAAACAAGAAGGAGAAGAGUAAGCUACAGUGGGAUUAUUUUCUUCUGCUUUUUGUUUGUGAUGCAGCUGGAUGUAAAGAGAUGGUUGUUAUUUCGUAUGUUGGUCAUGGACCGCUCGGCCACAAGGGGUGGGAGGAUUUGAUUCAGGAUUGUAAUUUAAAAUGUUUGUGUUUAUUGUUUAGAUUUAUAUUGAUAGAAAUGUAUAAGCAUAAACCAUUGUUAAAUUUACUAAACGUAUUGAGAAUUUCAUUGAAUGGUAGAUCGUUGAAACUCUCUCUC